AAAAAAAUAAAAAAAAGGUUGAGAGAGAAAGUGCGAAGAAAGAGAAAUUGUGCUAGUGGGAAUGGGCAAUUUAAUUUGGAUUUUUUGGAAAAGGAAAGAAGAACCACUUCUUCAAAGUUUAGGCCAAUAGGCAAUUUAAGCCUCCUUUAUCUCUCUUUCUCCUUGACUGCUUUUGUUUUUGGACUUGGUUUAUGGUGUGGUUAAUAGUGCUUCAACUCUAAACAAUCUUCACUGCACCGGGGGUGCGCAGGAUAACAAAGCAUUAAGCACAGACAGAAGAAAAAAAGCUUUGGUUUUAGCAACCAAGGAAAAAAAUGGGGAAUGCGCAUUUUAGCAGAGAAAGGAUAAGAACAGGAGUGCUGCUAGUGUUUUUAUGGAUGCUGGGUUUGAUAUCGCUAUCUUGCGCGGCUAGUUUAAGUGCUUCGAGGCAGAAGCUACAAGUGCAAAAGCACUUGAACCGAUUGAACAAACCCGCUGUUAAAACCAUCAAGAGCCCGGAUGGGGAUCUUAUAGAUUGUAUUCACAUAUCUCACCAGCCAGCUUUUGAUCAUCCUUUUCUCAAAGAUCACAAAAUCCAGAUGAGGCCUAAUUACCACCCAGAGGGCCUUUUCGACGAGGACAAGAUCUCUGAUACUGAGAAACCCAAACAACGCUCAAACCCCAUAACUCAGUUGUGGCACAUGAAUGGUAAAUGUCCCCAAGGAACCAUACCCAUCAGAAGAACCAAGGAAGAAGAUGUUUUGAGGGCAAGCUCAGUCAAAAGGUAUGGUAAGAAGAAGCUUAGGGCCAUCCCUCAGCCUAGGUCUGUAGAUCCUGAUCUCAUCAAUCAAAGUGGUCAUCAGCAUGCAAUAGCAUAUGUGGAAGGGGAUAAGUAUUAUGGAGCCAAAGCAACCAUAAACGUAUGGGAACCCAAAAUACAGCAGCCUAAUGAGUUCAGCUUGUCCCAGCUCUGGAUUCUUGGAGGUUCUUUUGGUGAAGAUCUUAAUAGCAUUGAAGCUGGUUGGCAGGUUAGCCCAGAUCUGUAUGGUGACAACAAUACAAGGCUUUUCACCUACUGGACUAGCGAUGCAUAUCAAGCAACAGGCUGCUACAAUCUCCUCUGCUCUGGAUUCAUUCAAAUUAACAGUGAAAUAGCAAUGGGAGCUAGCAUAUCUCCUGUCUCUGCCUAUCGGAAUUCCCAAUAUGAUAUUAGUAUACUUGUGUGGAAGGAUCCUAAGGAAGGACAUUGGUGGAUGCAGUUUGGCAACGACUAUGUGUUGGGUUAUUGGCCUUCCUUCUUGUUCUCCUACUUGGCGGACAGUGCUUCCAUGAUUGAGUGGGGAGGUGAGGUUGUGAAUUCAGAACCAGAUGGUCAUCAUACUUCUACUCAAAUGGGCAGUGGCCAUUUUCCUGAAGAAGGUUUUGGCAAAUCAAGUUAUUUCAGGAAUAUACGGGUUGUUGAUGACUCCAAUAAUCUCAAGGCUCCCAAGGAGCUUGGCACUUUCACGGAACAAUCAAACUGCUAUGAUGUACAGACAGGGAGUAAUGGGGAUUGGGGCCAUUACUUUUAUUAUGGGGGCCCUGGUAAAAACCCCAACUGUCCUUGAGGGAAACUCAGCUCUUUUCCCGUUUCGGUGUAUCAUUCAAACCUAGUGUACCGUCUCCUCUCUUCUGUAUACCCCUUUUUAGUAUUAGGUUCGCUUAGCAACAUGUGAUCUCUCUAGUGGGAAGUUUUGACUCCUUCGGUUUUUAUUUGAAAAGAUCCCCCAUGUAAGUGGUGUUGGGAAUUCGGCCCGGUUUCUGAAAAGCCCACAGAAGCAGGCAUUUGUCACUAUCUCUUUGUUAUCUAUUUGUUUGUUUACUCCUUUAAUGGAGUGGUUUGUUAAUGAAGCUGUUCUUAAUCGUA